AUGGCAUCCUCAUCGCAUCCCUUACUACCACCUUUAUCGGGAAAAGCCUUUUUCAUCCCCUCACCACACGAAGAACACAACUUCCACCCUCAUCCUUCGCUCCAGUUGGCAACUCAGGUGACCCUUCAGUCAGCCGGUGUAGGAUUGUUAGUCAGUGCGGUGCAGAAUGCGUUGGACAAACACAAUGCAGGCGCUAUGGGUAUCUUCACUCGAACAGGAGGAACCAUCGGAUUCUUCGCUGCCAUGGGAUUCUCAUUCUCUUUCGUACAAGCUAUCACGGCUAAUAUCCGAGAGACCGACGACGCAUUGAACGGAGCUGCUGGUGGAUGCGCAGCAGGUUUCUUAGCGGGUGUAAGAGCUAAAUCAUUACCUAUGGCAUUCGGCGCUUGUGCGGGUAUGGGUACUUUGAUCGGUACUUUCAAUGCUGCUGGUAAUGCUCUUACCGGUACGAAUCGAAAAUUACUUCCUCGACCUGAACGAGAAGAAUUACGUCAGGCAUUCUUCAAGCACCCCAAACAUGCUGAGGAAGUAGCAUAG